AUGGGGGCCCCCCUCUGGCGGCAGGGGCCCCCUGGGGGCCCCCCCGGGGGCCCCCCACCCAUCCCAAGGGGAGGGGCCCCUCAGGGGCCCCCCGCUGCUGCAGCACUGUUGCUGCUGCACUCGAGCGUUUGUCUAGCGGAUGUAGGAGUUGAGUAUGGGGGCCCCCCUGCUGCUGCAGCAGGGGAGGGUACAGGGGGCCCCCCAGGUGGUGGGGUUGUUGUUAUUAACCCCCCUGCUGAUGUAUGGACUGCAGCAGCAGCACAGCAUGCGUUUUGCUUCCUCGCUACCCUCGCUGCAGCAGCAGCAGAAGCAGAGGCCCAAAGCAUACCAGCAGCAACAUCAUCAACAGCAGCAGCAGCAGCAGCAGCAGCAGCAGCAGCAGCAGCAGCAGCAGCAGCAGCAACGUCAACAGCAUCAACCCCGUCUGCUGCAGCAGCGCUUUCUUCUUCAGGGCCUCUGCCUCCCAGCAGCAGCAGCAGCAACAGCAACAGCAGCAGCAGCAGCAGCAGCAGCAGCAGCAGCAGCAGGAGUUCUAGUUUGCUUCUUCAUCUGCUGGGGGCGUAUGAGGGCCUCCUCUCUCUCCCUGGUGUUGCUGCAGCAGCAAGAGGGGGCCCCCUGCGGUGUCUACAUAAGGGGGGGCAGCGUGCUGCUGCUCGGCUGCUGGGGCGAGCAGCAAGCCUGACGGAUGCUGCUGUUGCUGUUGCUGCUUGGCUUAUCUAUCACCGUCUCUCCAGCACCAGCAGCAGCAGCAGCAGCAGCAGCAGCAGCAGCAGCAGCAGCAGCAGCAAUGAGGGGUCUUUCAGCAGCACAAAUGUAAGACAUCUGCUCGCUCUCCUCAUCGCCUCAGCCCGGCAGCAUCUGCAGCAGCCAACGGAGCAGCAGCUGUCUGUCUCCUGUCUCCUUGAGGCCCUGAAGGAGCCGCGCAUGCAUGCAUGCAUCAGCAGCAGCAGCAGCAGCAGCAGCAGCAACAGCAGCAGCAGCAGCAGCGGCAGCAGCAGCAGCAGUAGCAGCAGCGCCCAUGAUGCUGCACUCGCCUUUGCUGCUGUAUGCUUACAGGCGAUGCAGGCUGUUGCUGCAGCAGCACAGGCACAGCAGCAGCAAGCACUAGCAGCAGCAGCAGCAGCAGAAGCAACAGCAACAACUGCAGCAGCAGCAGAGGAGGAGGAGAACGCUGGGCCUCCAUAG